CAUUACACAAGGUUAUCAGACAUCUACUAACUAUGACUCUAAAAUUCACAAAAUGUCAAUCUGUACUAAUCACUGGAGCGAGCAGAGGCCUCGGUCUACAAAUGGUGAAAGACCUGGCAAGAAGCACCGAGAGACCCAAAACAAUAAUAGCGACUGUUCGCAAUCCAGCCGCAGCACAGGAUCUUCAAAAUAUUGCCAAGUCCUGCAAAGGUGUUUAUAUUGUACAGCUUGAUGUUGUCAGCCAGUCAAGUAUAGACUCAGCAUUGCAAGCGGUGUCAUCUAUACUUGGAAGUGAUGGGCUGAAUUGCCUCAUAAACAAUGCAGCCAUCAAUCUAUCCACUGAUCUGAAGACAGUGACACCUGACGCCAUGAUGAAGACUUUCGAGAGUAAUACUGUUGCCCCUCUUUUUGUCACCAAGGCAUUUCUGCCAUUGCUACAGGCAGCUGCUGCACGGGGCACUGGAAUGGGGAUCCAUAGAGCAGCUGUGAUUAACAUCUCUUCCAUACUCGGCUCCAUUAAGGUCAACUGGGGAGCCGGAGCAGCCUUCAAAAGCUAUGCCUACAGAACCUCAAAGGCAGCCUUGAACAUGACGACAAGGUGUCUGGCCACUGACCUGGAAUCUGAAGGGAUUCUGUGCAUGGCUCUUCACCCUGGCUGGGUGCGCACUGACAUGGGUGGCCCACAUGCGGAUUUGAGUGCGGAGGAGAGCAUAUCAUCUUUGCUGUCUGUUAUCACUGAUCUGACAGAAAAUAAUCAUGGGGGAUUCUUGGACUACUCUGGAAACAAGCUACAAUGGUGAAGCUCAACUUGGAAACAGUAACUUGUGGAAUGGGUUAUGUGCAGUUUUUCUGCUGGUGCUGCCAACAGUUCACUGGGACAAAACACAGCAGAGAUCACAGAAUAGAACAAACAACUGCAACAUCAUGCUAUUAUGUUGCUCAGCAAUCUCUGAUUCCUUUGUAUCUAGUUGGUGUGAGAGAGAACUUGGAGAUUUGACAUUUUAAAUUUGAGACUUUGUUUCAUCUGAGUGGUUUGGGUUGUUACACUUUCUAAAGGUAAUCUCACUGUUUGAAUACAAAAUAUAUACUGUAUAAUACAUAUAUAGGAAUAACAAUGUUUUGCCAUUCAAAGGUUUUAUUCAAUCCAUUUCUUUCAAAUUAUAAUAAGAACGUGAUUAAUCUGU